GCCACCAUGAUCAUCCCGGUCCGCUGCUUCACCUGCGGCAAGAUCGUGGGCAACAAGUGGGAGGCCUACCUGGGGCUGCUGCAGGCCGAGUACACCGAGGGGGACGCCCUGGACGCCCUAGGACUGAAGCGCUACUGCUGCCGUCGCAUGCUGCUGGCCCAUGUGGACUUAAUCGAGAAGCUGCUGAACUACGCCCCGCUGGAGAAAUGACCGCGCCCCGCUGCCCUCUGCGCCUUUUGCCCGCUACCCCACUGGGAGGCCGAGGAGGGGCCUAUACUGUACCCCUGUGCCACGGGCAGAGCUGGCAAUAAAGACCUUCAAAUAUCA